GGACGAAAGCCAAAGCCCCAAAGGCAAUUAUAGAAUUGGGAUUGGAUCGAAGCUUUCGAGGAGGCCUGCACCACCGAUUAGUUUUAUUUUGGCUUAGCUUCCGAAGGCAUCCAGUUGAGCAUUCUGCCUUGCUCAUCAUCAUCUCUUCGCCCGAAACGAGGUAGAAGAGCUUCAGAAGGGCCGAGCUCCGUUUCUCUCGACAAAGAAGGUACGCCAGAAAGCUCGUCAUCAUGGAGGCCAUAAAGAAGAAAAUUGCGGCGUUAAAGAUGGAGAUGGACGGAGCGAACGAGAAAGUGGAGACCAACGAGACGAAAGCACGACAAGAAAAUAUGAGGGCUGAUCUCAUCUACGACGAGGUCCGCGAUCUCGUGAAGAAGCUCGCUUCAAUGGAGCGAGAUUACGAGAUCAGUAAGGCGAAUCUUGAGCAAGCGACCGCUGAUCUCGAACAGUGCGAAAAAUCGUGGACAAAGGCGGAGCAAGAUCGAACGUCAAUGACGAAAAGGGUUCAAGAGAUCGAGGCCAGUCUCUCGAAGAAGGAAGAAUUACGGAUUUCGGCUCAAAUCAAACUCGCACGAGCUUCCGAACUCAAUGACGAUGCUCGACGAAUGUGCAAAGUACUCGAAGAACGAAGCAGACUGGACGCCGAAAGAGUGAAAAAACUUACGUCAGAAUUGAAGGAUGCGCGACUCAUUGCCGAGGAUGCUGACACUAAAUCCGAUGACAUUUCGAAGAAACUGCAAUUCGUUGAGGAGGAGCUCGAAGCUGCUGAGGAUCGAGUCAAAACGAGCGAAGCAAAAAUCAUUGAGCGAGAGGACGAGCUUUUCAUCGUGCAGAACAUCGUCAAAUCGCUCGAGGUUUCCGAGGAGAAGGCGAAUCAGCGAGUAGCCGAUUUCAAAGUGCAGCUGAAGGAGCUGAAAAUGACGUUAAAGGCGACCGAGAAGCGUGCGAUUCUUGCUGAGAAAACGGUGAAAGCAUUGCUCAGAGAAGUUGACGCGAAAGAAGAUGAUCUUCGAGAAGAGAAGGAGAAGUACAAAGCAAUAUGCGACGAUCUCGAUAUGACGUUCGCCGAGAUGUCUGGAUUCUAAAAGAGGAAAAACCGAAUCAAAGAUUACGAUCGCUGAAAAAACGGGAACGAAAAAAAUGAAUGAUCUGAACGAAGGAGAGUGGGCGAGGGAAAAAAGGAGAAGGAGGAACGAAAGGAGAAACAGAAAAGGGAGAAACAACAACGGAUAAAUAUUAUUUUCUACUUUGCGCUUCUGCGUUUGCCAUUUCAUCGAAAAAAAAAAAGAGAGAAAAAGAAAAAACGAAGAAAAUGUCUUCGAAAAGGGGACAAAAUCGCCGAAGCUUUAUUUAAGGCUCGAUGCUUUUUAGCUUGAACGAGACGCGCUACCACGCUCUUCUGAAUAAAAAAAAACACUUUA